ACCUACUGUCAACUAGUUGCGACGUGUACUACACUCGUGAAUAGCAUCCUAUUAAAUUUAAUAAUCUUUUAAUUGUAAAUGUAAACAAUGUCGGUACACGUUGAUCACCUGUGACAAUAUUAGAUAACGGUUUUUAUGGUCUACUUAAGAAAGUAAACAUCGUUUUGCAAAUAGGGGGGAGAAAGGAGCAUCCACUCAUGUCUCUGUGGUCCACGGCUACGCCGGGCCUAGAAUUAGGCAAGGGAAGUGAGAGUAGUACGACAGCACAUGCUCGCAAUUGUGCCCUGGGUAGUAACUUCAAGCCUAAAAUGUCUCAUUUGGGCGAGGAACUUCACACUCCUCGCUACCUGUCGUGGCGCAAGCUGCAGCUGAGCAGAGCGAAACUGAAAGCCUCCAGCAAAACUUCGGCGCUUCUGUCCGGUUUCGCAAUGGUAGCGAUGGUAGAGGUGCAAUUACAAACGCCCACCACCAUUCCAUCCGCGGUGUUAGUGACUUUCGCGGUGAUUACGACUCUUUUAGUAGCGGUGCACAUGCUAGCCCUAAUGAUAAGUACGUGCAUUCUUCCGAACAUUGAAGCUAUUUGUACCAUGGACGCCAUACAUUUGGUGGAGGAGUCGCCCCACGAAAAACUACAUUGGUAUAUCGAAACGGCGUGGGCGUUUUCAACACUGUUAGGCUUACUGCUUUUCCUUGCCGAAAUCGCGGUACUUUGCUGGGUGAAGUUUUACGAUAUCGAUAAAACGGCCGCUUGGUCCGCUUGUAUAAUACUUAUACCUGUCCUUUUUGUUUUUUUGGCGUUCGCCGUUCAUUUUUAUCGAUCGUUGGUGUCCCACAAGUAUAAGAUGACUGUAUCGGGAAUUCGUGAGUUAGAAAUGCUAAAGGAGCAGAUUGAAUUGGGUGAUGCCGACCAUAAUCGAGGUAACGGUAUGAAUGAUGUAUUAUCAGCAGUACGUAUUGUGUGACACUAACGAUCAAAAUCUGUGCAAAACUUCGAAGACUGUUCUUGCAUAUUUUGCUAGGAAUAUAUGUUUUUGGUGGUAUACAUUUUUUAUAGAAUGCAGAAUUUGGAUUUCUCUUUACAUUUCUCAAGACUGCUGUGAAAUUAGAUAUUUUUACUAACUCACUGAACUAUAAGUUAGUGCAUAUAAGGUUGAGAUAUUCAUAGGGACAUCUGUACUAGUCAUUUGCAAUGGGUCAUUCGUGUCUUCAGAACGUGCCGAUCUGUUAUGUUGGGAUCAAAUAGCCAAAAAGUUUUGAAGAACAUUGAUCAUUUUUCCUGUAAUAAUAUUUCAUACAUUCCUGAUUAACUUACCUGUCAUUUUAUCAAGUUGUUGCUCAUGUUAGUAUGUUGUAAGGUAGGAUUAUGGGAAUUAAUCAACAUGAACACAGUUAGGAGAGACUACUAAUUUUUCUUUUGUUUUUUUCUCUCCAGUGAUUCUUUUAGUCUUACCAAAUAAAUAUGCGUUAAGUUAGCCUGUAAAUUAAUCAUGUACUUACACAUUAGUAUGUUAUGUUACGUACCUAAAUUAGUUAAUUCCAUUAAUAAUUGUAAUCGCAUACCGGUCGCCUAAUUAAGAUACGCAAAAGAUAUACUUUACGCAGAUCUAAAUUAGGCAGUCUGUAAUUGUGGUACCUGUGUGAUAAAUGCCUUAAGACAAUACUUUUAAAAUAUAUCUUGUACAGGUUAUUCAAAUAAACGAUGCUGUUUUUAUUUA